AUGUCUAGUCGGUUAUUGACAGGCGGAGAGUGCCCUCAGGGUGUUUUGGAUGUUGUUGAAGGUGCUAUUGGUUAUCUUGCCUUAUCAGUCGGAUAUACAUCUAUUGAGUACGCAGCGUUGAGAGUACUUUCAAAUAUUUUCUUUUCUUUUACAGAAGACUUAGCUGUUUCCUCACUAAUGAAUGCUGAAAGCAGUGGGAGAACUUCGAUUCUUUUGAGCGAUAUUGUACUUGGGUUAAUAGAUUUGGGAUUUGAUGUCUCAGGUCUUAAUGAAAUUCCCCGUAAACGUAUGUACAGAGGAUGUAAAGAACCUACCAGCAUCGGAAGUUCUCCCAAGAAAGGUGUGGUAUGUGCUGCAGUUUUGGGCCCAGGAGGAACAACAAUUAUUCCUCGACCCUUGUCAUUGCGUCCUAAUUGGUCGGGGAAUCCACGUUUUGGUGGGAUGGGAUCCACAUCCAUGUUAAAUACGGGUGUAGGUCAAGGUAUUUCAAAUCAGCUGUCAUGCUCUCUGCCACCUCCUGCUCCUGCACACUUACAACUUCCUAUAUUACCGGAACCACACACGUUCUUAAAUACACGUGUUAAACGAGCACCGAUUGCUUCUGACCCGUCUUCAUUACGCCGUCGUGUAGUUGAACAACGUCGUAAAGUCCAAGAGUCCUUAAUUCGAUUCUUGGGUCGUGUUCAGCCUGUCCAAUACUUAUUUCCGGGUGAUGCUGAAUCGUUCAUGUUGAUUACUCCAAAAGAAUCACCUCGUCCAUAUCUAUCAGCUCUACUUGCUAGUGUAACCAACGAUUGCGAUAUGAAAAUGUCAAUGUCAGACAACAAAGAUGAACAAAAUCUUGUGAAGUCCAAGUCAAACAUUUUUGUAAAUAGUAGUUCUAAUCAAUCUCCUGAAACAAAAAAUCCAUUUUUAUUAAAACCGAAAUUUCCUGAAUAUUGA